AUGACGGAGCAACAAUCGACAACCAACGAAACUGUUCUACUACUCGACAAAGCCAAAGAGGCACUGGAAAAUGCCAAGGAAAAAGGGGCCGGGCUACUCAUUCUAACGGGUGCCGGCAUGUCCGUCUCAUCCGGUGUUCCCGUCUUUCGAAAUGCCGAUGGAUCCAUGUCUCGGGAAUUCCUCGACUUUUUGGACGGCUACAAUCAAGCCAGAACAGCCAACGAGCUGGAUCCAGCCGACGAUUGGUUUGAUUUUAGUGUCCCGGAAAUGUUUCAACCUGCCACCGAACGACCCGCAUGGAAUUACUGGAGGUGGCGCAUUUUGCGAGCGCGAGUUACACCGGGACAAGAUUAUCAAGUGCUCGGCAGCCUCAUUGACUAUUUUGGAAAACGGAAUGCAUUUGUUGUCACGUCCAAUUGCGAUGGAUUGCAUGAGGUAGGAGGAGUUUCAAGCGAUCAAAUUAGCGAAAUACACGGCUCCCUCUCGCGGGUUCAAUGCUCCAAACCCUGUCACAAUGCCUUGUAUCCCGUCGACGACACGUUUGUGAAACAACUCCAAAACGACGAUUCUUGGCAAGUCCCCCGAUGCCACCAGUGUUCGCAGUGUCUGCGACCCAACGUGAUGAUCUUUGGCGACCAUGCCUUGGUGGACGAUGUGUUGGGGAAGCAAAGCGGGAACCGUCGUAGUUUUCUGUUGGAACGGGACGACAAUUUUAUCGUGUUGGAAAUUGGAGCAGGAUUGGUGGUUCCUUCGAUUCGACACAUGGCCGAACGAUACGGAGAGCAGAGUCGGUACGGGCUGAUUCGAAUCAAUCCCAGCAAGGACUGUCUGGAUGGAGCCGAUGUGGACGCGGACAAGUACUUUCCGAUUGCCAUGACAUCGACCGAGGCACUCAAGAAGUUGGCUGUCGUGACAGAUAAUAAAAAGUCUGAAUAG